AUGAGCUCGGUCGAUGGUGGAGAAGAAGCAGCAACGUCAUCUGAAAUACUGUGGACGGAAAUAUUGUGUCGAAUUCCAUUCAGAAAACUCGAUGGGACAGACAAAUGGGUUCGAAUAGAUUCGAAAAAUGAAGUUGAGGAAGAAGACGCGUUACAACUUGAGCAAUGUAUUCAGAAUCAGGAAGUGAUACUUUCGCAUUCGUCGAUAAUACAACCACAAGAGCAUUGUCGGGGGAUAGUUGAGGAAUUUGAGUAUUUGGAGAGGAAUAUUAAGGUAACAAUAUCCUCGAAUUCCGGCUUUCCGAUUUGGGAGGACACUGAUAUAUGGAUGUCUCUAAUGAAUUCCAUUUACAACGGUGAACUUAACACCUCCGCCGACGACCCGAUUCCAUCACCACAACCCGACGAGCCGCGUUCUCCGAAACCGCACGAAAUGAAUCAAAAAGAGCUGUUCGAAGCGAUAAACGGGUGGCGAUUGGUGGACAAGAAGCGGCUCAGAAUGCGGAAAAAAGAGGGAGAACGGUGGAGAAAUAUCUAUUUGACAGAGCUGGUGAUGACGUGUAUCGAGCCGGAGAAGGAGGAGUUGCUGGAGUUUGUGGAAGAGAGGACGCAACUGCGAUUCGGAGAUGUUAUAGACGAGGCCGGCAAUGUUUUGGUCGAUGUGAUAAGCAAGGACUUGGAACAGAAAACGAUCACAAUUCGUGUCGAGACCUUUCUAACCAGAGACGUUAAUAUUCCGCUGACCCCCGAACGGACAUACUAUUUGAGAAUAUGCGAGUUGGAAGAUGACGAUUUGGAAAGCUUGGCGAGUGAAGAUGGCAUUCUUCCCGGUUAUCAAUUGGUAGAAAAUUUGGAUGAGUUGUGCGAAAAGAUUGGAGAAUUGACAAUCACUGAUGUCAGUGCGAUCGUCUGGUUCAUCGAGAAUCAAGCAAACUGCUACAUCCGCCUCUUUGUCACCUCCACUAGAAGAAUGUCGAAAUUCAAACAACUCUCCGGACACCACGUCAUCAUUCAAUCCACAGCCAACGGAAGAUCAUCGGUUCUGGCCGUCGUUAGUCGAGUUUUUAAUGAUGGGAUGGUUCUGACACUGGAAGGGGUGCCGAAAGAAGACAAAAAAGAGUUCUUCUUCUCGGAAAAAGAAGGAUUCACCAUCAGAAUCGAGCACGAGUACGAGGAACGUCUCCAGAAGAAGAACCUAGAGAAGCUCCGUUUUGAAGUGGCAAACUCUACGACCGACAUUCGAAAUCAACGAAUUUGGCAGGAGACUGUGAAAACAGUAACCAGACAUUAUGCAUCAUUUUCAGUGAAAAACAAUGCUUUUCUGCAAAUCCCAAAAGGCACGAACAUCCUAAUUGCCAAAAAUUACGACAUAAAGAAUCCGAUUGAGCACAAGUCCGAUUUUCGUAUAUGCAAGGUUGUGGGUCAUCCCAUUUGUGACUCGCAGACGAUAGUUGUGGAACUGAUAAGUACAACUAGUCUUAUGGAGGGACCUCAUCGGUUCUCUAUCACCAAUGCAUACUAUUUUGUGGAUUUUGAUGUUUCCGAGAAUGUUACCAAUGAUUCGAUAUAUUGUGCUCUGAAUGGUCGAAACCACAACGAUACAAAGUCGUUCGCCGAAAGACAUCCAAUCAGCAAAGAGCAAAAAUUCUACGUAUUUCCGAUGGAUGAGAAAUAUCAUGGGAAGAAUCGAAAGAAAAAAGGGACCUUUCAAAAGGAAAAAACCAUUCAACCGCCGAAAAUUCUACUGAUAAAGGAACCAAAAACAGGAAAUACUUCAAAAAGUCAAAAUCAAAAUCUCGAAUUGAAGAAAAGCAGUCCUCAUCCAGAAGAUCCUCAUCAUAAUCACCCUUGGAAUCCUCCGGCGUCACUUCCGGUAAACGCCAAACAAUUGGGAUUUGUACGAGUUGUUGAUAAGAGCUAUCAAGAAAAUCAGAACAAGAUUUCUGUUGAGAUUGAGAAGGGUUUCAACCGAAACGGCGAGAAAAUGGGCAAACCGACUCGAUGGCACCUGGGAAAACAAGUGGCGAUCACUGGAAAUGCUCAAGAAAAGUUGAUUUUGAUUAAAGGAGAAGUGUUGGAUACUAGAGGGGAUAUUGUGACAAUGGAAGUGAACAGGAAAGCGACAGAUAUGGACUUUCUCAAUCGGCAAUUUACCAAGAAAAUCAAAGGCAAGAACCAGAAACAACAGCAUAACAAGAACCAAUUUCUUCCGUGUUUCGAAGUUCGCUAA